AUGAUCAACGAACUAGAAAACAGGGAACGAUGUGAAACAAGAAAAUUCGACGGAAUAAUCCAGAACCCUAACGAACGCUUCAUGCCGUGCGCCUUUUGCGGACGAAGAGGGGAUCAUUAUUCUGAUUCUUGCUUAGUGUACAGGUUCACGGGAGAACGGAAAGAACGCGUAAAUCGAGCACACCUAUGCACUAUGUGCCUCGACUACGACUGUCCAGGAGGACGACGAUGCUUGAAACGCAACACGAGAUGCUACCACUGUGGACGUAGUGGGCACAAUUCUGCGCUGUGUACCCUGCCAGAAAAGAGCGUACGUAUCAACGAUGAGCUGGAGCUAUUGCAGCGACGUUACAAUGACGCCCUCAUCCGUGUUCUCAGAUUGGAAAGGAAACUCCGAAGACGCGGAGUGGACAUCAAGCAUGUGGUGGCCGGGAAUAUCGCGGCGAUCCGCGAGUUGCAAGAUUUGGGUAAGACGAUGAAAAAGUACAUAACUUUGACGAGCAGUUCAAUGAGGAAAUCGGCUAUAGUACUCCCUACAACUGUGUUGCUUGCCAUAGCUACUUUACGGUUGAUACAAAUGAGGCUGAGCGCUCGUUCACUAGCAGUUGAGAUACCUGGGGCAGGAGGGAUCAAGAAUACUCGAGUCCGUAUCAAACUUCCUGCGAAAGGUCUUCUCCAUUUGACGAUAAGGAUCGCGAUGCCCUGA